AUGUCAGACCCGCUGAGCAUAUCAGCUUCAAUCGCAGGUCUUAUCAGCCUGUCGACUGUAGUGUACCAAACACUCAGUAACUUCGCCGACAAGGUGGAUAAAGCUCCGAAGUCCGCGAAAGAGAUUCUCUAUGCUGUCGCAGAAAUGCGCUUAGCCUUGUUGUCCAUGUCUGGGCUUGUUGAUAAAUUCUCCCGGAUCUCUGCUAGGCGCAAGGCCAUGGUUCAGCUGGACCAUCUUGUCAUUUCGUUGAGCCGUGCUGUUAUGACUUUCACGGACCUGGAGCUGUUUCUCAGUGACUGGCCGGAGAUCUCUUCGAUGCAGAGUUCAGCAUGGAGGCGCAUCCGAUGGGCCAUGAAAGAAGACAAGGCUACGCACCUACUCAAAAGGUUAUCGGAAAAUAGAAUGGCUCUUAUUUUCAUACUCAGUAUCCUGCAAAGCGAAUCAGACUUUGAGGCGCACACUUCGAGCCAAGCUCUAAUCGAGCAGAUGGAGACAAUAAUGGCUGAGAACCAGGAAAUGCGAAUUCUUAUGGACCAAAUUGGCAACGACCUUCAGAGUAUUGCUGGGUCUGUUUAUGCUCAGGACAAUGCAUCUACUAUUGGGCCUCCUAUUGUUACCGGAUCAAUGUUAAACCUACCAACAGCCCUUCAGCCAGCAUAUGGACGUCCCGAUCCAGCCUCAGAAGCGACCAAUCAAUCUUUCGGUCGAGCCACAGGAAACCACAAUCCGUUGGAGACACAGCUUUUACUUCCACCGACUGCUGCCAAGGCACAAAUGCACAGACUGACUUCACGUUCUUCCUACGCUUCAACAUACCCAUCAAAGAGGCCUUUCUCAAUUGUCUUGAACUCAAGCUGGGUAUACAGGAGAGUCAAAGCUUACUCGCUGGAUCUUUCGCUGAAUAGCUCGAAGUUGCAGGGCAGGGCCUGGUCCAUGUUUUCAGGUGUCAGUCUCAACGAUGUAUCAGUUAUAUCCUUCAUUCGUCUACCACUAAGGCUAUCUGAUAUUCCACAUGAUACUUGGUACUGCCCUAUCCCCAGAGAGAUAUCCCCUGAUUGUCGGAACUUGGGAGCAGAUGAUCCUUUCAUUAUUGCGGUUGUGGGUGAAAGCAUGUCUGGAAAGUCAUCCUUAGUCGACAUGAUGUGUGGCGACGCAAGUGUCGAAGACUUUGACCAUUCUGGUAAUUCAACAAUCGAGGUUAGACGCCGAAUCGAGUCUUGCUACGAAGGCCGCCAAUACCCGGUAGAGAUAAUUGACACUGCAGGGUUGGAUUGCUUUCAGCCUCUCAUUAAUCAAGCUAUCGCUGAAUCCCAUGGCGUCAUUAUCACAUGCCCAGUGAUAGAUGCCGAUAUGGGACUACUGUCAAGAUUAUACGAAACGGCGAUAGCUAGGAAAUCUGCUGCCGACUCCCACGGCUUGACCCCAGUUGUUAUUGCAAUCACAAAGCAUGAUCUUGAAACAUCAUGGUUCGACGACUCAAUACUCCUACGAGCUGAAACCUUUGCUAAAGAAAAAGGAAUUAAUAUGUUCCACACUUCGGCGAAGAACGGCAGCGGCAUCUCCGAUGCAUUCAGCAGCAUAUUUGAGUCAUUGGUGAAGAACACCACUCGGAAACCUCGUCUAAUGGGCUGGAAGGAGUAG